AUGUCUUCCACCGGCAUCGACCCUGACCUGUUCGUAAAAGCAGAUGCGUUCACAACCAAAAACUAUCGAGACACAUAUGCGGCAUCAUUCGCUCGUGCCAAUGCAGCUGCCAUUGUCCUCAUUGCCCGGUCCGCUGUGAAUUUGGCUGAGACUGAGAGACUCAUCAAGGAUGUAAACCAGUCGACACAGAUGCUUUCGAUCGCCGUGGAUGUCAAUGAUGAACCGGGAAUCAAGGAUACUUUUCAGGAAGUGGGAUGGGCCUCUUUGAACAAAAUCGCCGAUGAGGACUUGGAUGCAUGGUGGAAUGUCCAAGAAGUAAACGUCAGAGACACAUACAUCGUCACCAAAGCCUUCUUGAAAGCGACAGGGUCGAAGCCAGCAGCUCCGACAACCAUAAUCAACUUGACUUCAGCAGCAGACAUCUACAUUCCUGAGGGCAUGAGUUCCUAUUCCCUUAGCACACUGACCGUCAUCCAUUUCACGGCUUUUCUGAAAGCCGAAUCCCCUGAUAUCACCUCUGUCAGUAUCAACCCGGGUGUGGUGUCCACGGACAUGGAAGAGCUGGAGGCAUGGAAGGAGGAGCUUAUUCAGAGUAACCUGUUGACUAUUUGUCUUCGAGGGAGGUUUGGAGAGUAG